AUGUCUGGAUCCACUUCUCCGGCUUCUGUCUCUGAGACUAUCGCUGUCUCCACCUCUCCCAUGCUUGUCAAUGUUCAUGCUCUGCUUGACAGUUAUGAUCUUGCCGGCUAUGUCGAUGGAUCAGGAACCGCUCCUUCUCCCACUGUCUCCGUUGAUGGCGUGACCUCUCCGAACGCCGACUACGCCUUGUGGAAGCGCCAAGUCAAACUGAUCUAUAGUGCAUUGCUUGGUGCCAUCUCCGUCAUGGUUCAGCCUCUUCUCUCGAAAGCUGUCACUGCUGCUGACUUAUGGACCACCCUCUCCUCUACCUAUGCGAAUCCCAGCCAUGGUCAUGUCCAACAGCUUCGUCAUCAACUCAAACAUUGGACGAAGGGGACAAAGACAAUUGAUGCUUAUUUUCAGGGUUUUACAACCCGCUUUGAUCAACUUGCACUCCUUGAGAAGCCAGUUGAAACUGAGGCACAACUCGAGUUUAUUCUCGAAGGUUUACCUGAUGAUUACAAGACGCUUGUUGAUCAGAUAGAAGGGUGUGACACACCUCCGUUGUUGCUGGAACUCCAUGAGAAGCUGAUCAACUUUGAAACCAAGCUCACAACCAAAGCCUUGGCGACGUCCUCACUUCCUGCCUCCGCGAAUGUUGCUAACUAUCGCGGCAACUCUGGCUCUAAUGGUGGUCGUUCUCAUGGCCAGUCCAAUCAUCGUGGUGGUGGUCAGAAUCAGUCAUACUCUCGCAAUCAGUACUCACCACGACCGUAUCAAGUCUGCUGCCAGAUUUGUGGGAUUUACGGUCAUAGUGCGCGACGUUGUUCACAGUUGCACCUUCCGUCUCAGCAGUCUCCGAUGAAUCAAUCAUCGGUCUCCUCCUAUCCCCCUUAG